AUGAGAACACACCCACGUGCGCCCACGUGCUCAUUCAAAAUGUCUUCUAGAGUCAUUGUAAAAAAUCUUCCCAGCAAAGCAACGAGCAAAGAACUUAAGGAGCAUUUCUCAAAAUGUGGUCAGAUAACAGAUGUUAAACUCAUGUACACUCGUUCCGGUACUUUCCGUAGAUUUGCCUUCGUUGGUUAUUCCGAUUCAUUUUCAGCCCAAGAGUCCAUUAAAUAUUUCAACAAUACUUACAUUGGUACAUCAAAGAUCCAAGUAAUUGAAGCAAAGUCUUUCGGGGACUCUUCCAUUCCUCGUCCUUGGAGCAGAUACUCUACUGGCAGCUCAACCAAUCAAAUCUAUGAGAAGAAGAGGAAGUCAACUAAGGACUCAAGUAUUGAAGAGGAGGGACAGAAAGAGAAGGAGGAGGGGAGGAAGAGUAAGAGACUGAAGCUCAAUGAGGAUUUUCAUCAAAGUCAGUUAGCGUCACUUAUCAACGAACUCGAGGAACUAAAGUCGGAACCUGGUUUUAUGGAGUUUCUUGUUGCUAACGAGCGUGGGCGUUCCUCAGAGACGUGGUCAAAUGAAGGGAAGGGUGGCUCAGAGAAUGAUAAGAAAAAGAAGAAACGAAAGGAAGUGGAAAUCGAUGAAGAUGAAACCAAUAAUUUAGCACGAGUUCCUUCCUCGGUCUCUGAUCUAGAGUUCCUUAAAUCAAAAGUCGUUGAACACGUAACAGAUGAAACAAGAGAGGAAGAGAGAGAAGAAGAGAGUGAGCCACCACCUCCCCUACACACGAUUAGGAUGAGAGGUCUCCCUUAUGAUGCAUCAGAGAAACAUGUACACAAGUUCUUCUCUCCAAUCCAACUAUCAAACAUCAGACUACUGAAAGAUGAUAGGGAGAGGUGCAGUGGACUGGCCUUUGUUGAUGUAAUGAGUGAGACUGACUUGAAAGAAGCAAUGAAGAGAAAUAAAGGAAGGAUGGGUAGACGAUAUAUUGAGCUAGUUGUGGACACUGGGUCAAAAGAGAAGACUGUUAAAGAGAAGAGUAAGAGGCCCUGGGAAGAGAAGGAAGAUGAGGAGACUGUGGAAUCAAUAGCAGACUCUGGUCGAAUCUUUAUUCGUAAUCUUCCAUAUACAACUACUGAAGAGGAACUGACUGAGUUAUUUGAGGAGUAUGGUCAGUUAUCUGAGAUUAAUUUACUGGUUGAUAAGAGCACUGGAUCCUCCAUUGGUCUGGGAUAUGUAACGUUCAUGUUCCCUGAACAUGCUGUCAAGGCAUUCUCAGAAUUAGACGGUCAAGUAUUUCAAGGGAGGCUCUUACACUUGCUGCCCUCGAAACCUCCAAAUAAGGAAGUGGGUGUGGUCAAGAGUAUUGAGCCCGAGACACAGUCAUCAUCGUUUAAGUCAAAACAAAAGGAAAAAUUGAAAUCGGAGGCUGGGAGUUCACAUAAUUGGAAUACUCUGUUUUUAGGAUCUAACGCUGUUGCUGAUUCUACUGCUGAUCAGUUUGGUGUGAGAAAGAGUGAACUAUUGGAUCUUGAUACAACUCAGUCACUGGCUGUUAGAUUAGCUCUCGGCGAAACACAACUGGUCAAUGAAACCAGAGAAUUUCUAGAAUCACACGGUGUGAAGCUUAACUCGUUUGAUACUGAGGAAAAUGAGCUUACAAGAAAAAGAAGCAAAAAUGUUAUAUUAGUGAAGAAUCUCCCGUUUGGUACCAGCACUAAAGAAUUAACUGAAUUAUUUGCACCCUUUGGUUCUCUGUCUCGUGUCAUUCUACCUCCUGCUGGUAUAUCAGCUCUGGUUGAGUACUCCUCUUCCUCUAAUGCUAAAGUAGCUUUUAAGAAGUUGUCAUACUGUGAGUUUAAACACCUUCCACUCUACCUGGAGUGGGCUCCAUUUGGAGUAAUGAGUGGUGAACCCUCUCAACCUGUUAAGGAUACUGGUAAGGCUGAAGAGUCUUCAAGUAUUUUUGUGAAGAAUUUGAAUUUCUCUACGACAGAUGACGGUCUAAGCUCUCACUUUAAAGAGAGAGUGGGUGGUGUUGUCUCAGCUAAGGUUUCUAAGAAAUACACUCCAAAGGCUGGAGGAGGAGCAUCGCUAUCAAUGGGUUUUGGGUUUGUUACUUUUUCAUCUAAAACAGCUGCCCUGAAAGCUUUAAAAGAGCUUCAGAGUUCAUUGCUAGAUGGACACAAACUAGAAUUGCAAUUGUCUCAUUCUGCUCCAUCCGUCAGUGAUGCUGCCUCUGCUACUAGUCACAAGGUGACUAAGAGUCUGAUGCCUAAAGGUCCCAAGAAUAAGAUAUUAAUUAGGAACGUUCCUUUCGAGGCCUCAAGGAAAGAGCUCUCUCAAUUGUUGUCGACUUUUGGUAAAAUUAAAAACCUUCGUUUGCCAAAGAAACAGAAUGAGCCUAAUUCUCAUCGUGGAUUUUGUUUCGUCGAGUACUCUACUACCGAGGACGCUCGUAGUGCUUUUGAGUCUCUUGCUGACUCGACUCAUUUAUACGGGCGGAGACUGGUCCUUGAGUGGGCGGAAGGUGACGAUACUGUUGAUGACAUUCGUGCUAAGACUGCUCUCAGGUUUUACAAGGGAGAGGAGGGACCCGAGAAAAAGAAAUCAAAGAGAAUUACAAUAAGUGAUAAUGAUAUCGAUUAAUUGUUUAAUAAAAUAAUUUCAAAUAAUUAUUUUAAUGAAUUGAUUUAAAAUAAUUUAAUAAACCGUCA